ACUAACGAUUAAAUUUAUCACCGCUCUUAUGGCACAGUCAAUGGAAAACUUGUGCCGAAUAUGUGUUGGGUACGAUGGACACAUGGUGUCCAUUUUUUCAACCCUCAUCGAUUCCGGCGGCAGUGGAAACGUAGAGAAUGACAAAUCGGCCGCUGCUAGAGGUGGCCGGUCCACCGGUGAGACGAUAGCCCAAGUUAUGGUUUCCUGCUUGGGAGCUGAUAUCGAACAGGAUGACAAUCUUCCACAACACAUUUGCGGGGAUUGUUUUCAGAAGCUAAAGGCUUCUUGGGAUCUUCGAGCAACGGCCAAGUGGAGUGAGAAACAUUUGCGGCAAAUGCUGCAAAGCACGGAGUUUAAAAAUGAGCCGGAACAAUUUAAGGAGGAAGAAGUGGAGUUUGUUGAGGGAAUAGAGGAAGAUUAUGUGGAUGAGGAAGUUUUAGAGGAGACUGUAUUGGUGGAGGAGUUAAGCAUACCUAGUAAUCAACGGGAUCCUUUGCAUUCCGAAUUUGGAUGGCAUUUUUUUGAUCUGAAAAAGGGCUUCUACAAAAUUAGGAAAGGUGAAGAUCCUGGCUGGAAUUUAAUAGAAAUAAGUGGAACCCGCUGCUGCGGGUGUUUUACGUCUUUCCCGACUAAAGUAUUACUGGAAGAGCAUUGUAAAGUGCAUCACAGGGAAGAACAGAAUGCCGUUCAAACCAGAAGUAACGAGUGUAUGGCAUGUCAAAAAGCCUUUCCCAGUAUGGAAGCUUUGAGUUUUCAUCAAAAGAUAGCUCGAUCUCGUCAGUUAUUCCACUGCACGGUGUGUCAGUUAUUAUCGCCCAGUAAGCGACAGCUGAAGGCUCAUUUGAAGCUACACACUGAAUCGGAACUGCUAUCAGUGUCGCCGGUGGUGAUGGAAGAACCACCCGAAAAGAGUACCGGGCAGAAGAAUGUACAGCAGCCCCCACCGGCUGGCAAAUGUCGCUCAGUUAAAACUUUCCUCACAUUCGAUUAUAUCACCUUUGACGGUUUUUGUUGCUGCGAAUGUUGGUGCUAUUGUGAAACGAAACGAGAGAUGAAACGGCACGGGGAAAAGGAACAUUACAACAAUAGAGGAUUUGAAGAGGAUAUGGUUUGUUUUGGCUGCUUGAGGUCCUUUACAACCAAGGAGAGUUUUGACAAACACAUGGCGGAGUUGAAUACAAAGCACGUCUACUGGUGUAAAACGUGUGAACUGAUGUUUCGUUCAUCAGAAUUGCUGCAAAAACACCAACAGACCAGCGAAGAUCACGAUGGUUUCGUCGAACUUGAAAUGCUUGACGUUAAGGAGGAGGUGGAAGUUGAAGAGGAAGUUGUUCCAGUGCCAUUACAAGUAACAAAACAUGUUGAGUUGGAAGAAGUUAAACAUGUAUCUAUGUUAAAAGAAAAUCCGAACAAAACUGUUGUAAACACACGCUUGCAGAUUUUGAAGGAUCCGCACGAAAAACAAUUAUAUGCACCUCAAAUCAAGAGGAACGAUCCUGAUUUGUCGGAAAUUACCGUGGUCGAUAUUUACAACCAGGACACUGUGCGGUGUUGCGGUUGCUAUCAAACGUUCUCCACCGAAGCAGAAGUAGUAAAGCAUUGCAACAAACAGCAUCGUCAGUUUCAGGUAUCGGAUGAUAAAGAUCGACCGUAUGAAUGCCAGCGAUGCUACCGGCGGUUCGUUAAAGCUGUUUCGCUUCAAAUCCAUCAAUAUUUCGUUAGGAACGUCCUCACAUACGCUUGUAAGCUGUGCAAUGAACAGUUUACCUUUCACACACCAUUCCUUUUGCAUUACAUUCAGCAUGAAAAUCAGUCCUGGCGGUAUAAGGAAGAUAAGCGGGGAGCCAAACCGAAAGUGACCGAAAAUGAUGCAAGAUUUUUCUGUUGCUUCAAUUUCUGCACCCAAUCGUUUGACGAAUACAGCGAGCUGCUCGGUCACGUAGACGACAAUCAUGGCGUCAAACGAAAUCAGUUCAAACAUUACCGGGACAGCGACGAGAACUGUUGCGAAAUUUGCUUUCGCAGCUUCGGCAACUAUCGAGCGUUGCUUCGGCACGUGACACAGCGAAAGAAAGGACGGCCGGCUCAUCGACAUACCUGCAGCAGUUGCGGCAUGCAGUUCAAAUCCCUUGCUCUGCUCAAAGACCAUGAGAACAAGCAUCUGGGCAUCAAACCGUAUGAGUGCGAACUUUGCAGCAAAACCUUCGGAUCGAAGGCGAUCCUCAAGAAUCACAUGACCGUUCAUCAGGACAGCCGACCGUUCAGCUGUGAGUUUUGCGGCAAAACGUUUGCCCGCAAGCGUAACUACAAGGACCAUUCGAUGACGCACACGGACGAGAAACCGUGGGAAUGUGAGAUCUGCAAGCUCACCUUUCGGAUUGAGUCGCAAUUCCUGACGCACAAGCGGCGCCACACCGGCGUACGGCCGUACAAGUGCAGCUUCUGCGAGAAGGUAUUUUCGCAUGCCACCGACCGGAAGCGGCACGAGAUGGCAGCGCACACCGGAGAAAAACCGCAUCAGUGCAGCUUCUGCCCGUUGGCUUUCAUUCGCCGGCGGCAGCUGGUGAUUCACGAGCGGACGCACACCGGCGAGAAACCGUUCGAGUGCCAGCACUGCGGGCAGGCUUUCAUUCAGCAGAGCUAUCUGACGCGACAUCUUGCCACUCACAAGUGA